AUGGCGGCUUCGGCGGUGGUGGAUGUAAUCAUACCGAGCGAAACUGUUAAGUUCACAACUCUGAAGUUUUCGACACAAACAUCUGGUCCGUGCGGUUAUUCGCAAACACGCAUUUACACACAUCUGAGUAGCUACGGAUCGCAAACAGCUAUGGCUAUGGCGCGCUUAAUAUAUAAUAGUGUUGUUCGGCGGCAGAGCAACUAUGUCUCGCAAAGGCGAGUUUAUAUACGUUUUGCCGGGCUUUUACCAACUGCAGUCGAACAAAAGGUCCCACCGCCGUGUAUUUCUCGGGGCUAA